AUUUAAUUGACUUGUAUCAGUAGUAAUUUUAUAUAAACAAUGUUGAUGUCUUAAGAUCAACAUUAUUUUAAAUUAAUAUUCGUAUCUUUAUAAACUAUUUUUCCAAAAAGUAUAUAGCUAUUUACUAUUCAAGCUCAACGAGAAUAUUAUUUUAGAGAUACGAAAGAUGCUUAAAUAUUACUUUUGGAGACAUGAAAGAUGAUUAAAACACAAAAUAGUCCUACUCUAUACAUCUUGCAACUAAUAUUUCGAUUCCCUUUAUUAUUUCCUUUUUAGGCUCUCUCAUAAAUUCACGAAAUUACUGCGAUGAAUCAUUUGCGAUUUUUCCAUCUCGUCCUCUUCGAUGUCUCAAUAGUAUGUCAUAUUUUUUACCGCAAUUACUUUAUCAUACCCUUUCGUUGAUCGUCCUGACUUUUGUACAUUACCAUGGUUUUAACGUCUGUUAUAGACUGGGUUGAACGUGUAACAUUUAAGUACUUAGUGUAAAGCGAAAUAUCGUGUGUGUUAGGCAUACUAAUCUGUAUCGUGAUACAUAUAUGUCGAAGCGUAGUCAUAGCGUAAUCUAGUUGAAGAUAAGUUGAAAGCGGAUGAAUAAAAACAGCGAAAGCGAUCGCGGCAUAAAUGCCAGAGACGUUCGAUGUUCGACUUUAUGUUUUUUGCGCAGGCUUGCAAGAAAAUAUAUAUUAAAUCUAAGUACUUAAGGGCGAAGGACGGAAGGAAGAGGACGUGUCGAGAUUAGCGAGUAGCGUAUGCGAUAGUCCGAAAAGCGCGGAAAGUGACGUGGGCCUUAUAUCAUGGAUUACCUCAAUUGUAAGCAGCUUAAAAAAAAUGCAAUUUCGUGCACGUGAUGAUGUCAAAACUGAUUUCAAAUGAAAAAUGUACCGUAUUUCGUACUAGAUUAAUAAAGGAGUCAUUUUACCUUCCGACAGUGGUUCGCUGUUGCACGACGUUCCUUCUGAGGUGUGCACGCGCAUAUUACGCCAUCGAGCCCGGAAAUCAGGGACUCGCCUUCGAUUAUUUGCAUUCGGCGGAUUUUUGUACCGUUUAUUUGUCCAUCUCGGUAUUAAUCGAGUGGCAUUGCUUUGAAUGCGUGGCUAUGUCAUUUUUUCAUCCUCCUAAAGUUCGUGAGGAGUCAGUUCACGUAAUAGCUUUUCGGAGCGGAUUGAGAAAAGUACAUUUAAACGUAUGCCGUUUAAAUCUAUCACUCGAAUGUAUACAGCAAAUUAGAUAAGCGGUUAAUGUUGGAGCUAGGAGAGCUCGCGCAUGUAAAAUACUAAAUGCCGCUUGAUAAGACACGCAUCCUUGAAAGAUUACGCCUAAAAUGGUUGUUUAAUUAUCCAGAAUAUAGUAUUGAUGAAAAGUGCUCGUCCACAUUUUAAUUAUAGCUUGAAAAAUAAAAGUUUUUCUGCAAUGGUGCUUAUAUUAAGAUUUCUUUUCUUUUUAUUUUCGAUCCACGCUGCAUAUGUAUAAGUUCCCAGCUCUAAAUGUGAAAUAUUUCCGAACGAUAUAGUGGCAAAGUUUGCAAAGUAAUGGCAAAGUUAUGUUCCUGAAAGUUUUUCUCCGGAAAGAAAAUGGAAACAAAUUUCCUUAUACAAUGAAUAUUUUGUACAUAACGAAAAUUUACAUAGAAAAAUAUCUAGAUAAAGUUUUCUGCUCAAACGAAUUUUUAGAGAAGUUGGUAAAACAAUUUUUGGCUCGAUGAUUCGUUUUAUUUUUCAAAAUAUAGAUACAGAAGAUUGAAAAAAAUUGAAAGAAAUACCAAUAUUUUUUGUUGAUAUUUUUAUUUUAUUUGAAAAGAGAACUAAAUUAGCAAACGAUAACAAUUUUGUCCCGCUUGGUCGACAAAAGUCUUGUAAUAACAUUUGAAAUAAAACAUAGUUCAUCUUUUUUUAAAGAUUAUGUGGAUUAGCACUACUUGUAUAUUUUUAACUCCUAUUCUUCUCUCGGUGCACUCUGCGACAGUGAACCAGCAACAUAUCUCUCUUGCAUACAUGUAUAUACAUAUAUAUAUCAUAAGUGUUAAGUCAAUGCACAAUUAUGUAGGCACAUCAGCGAGCGUCGAUGGAUAAAAUUGAUUUUCUCAUGUGUCGAUCGUAGGCUUUAUUGAAACGCGUGCCGAAAGGCGAUUUAAGCAGGAUCGACUUGGAGAUUCGAUAUUGUAAUUAAUAGCUUCCGAUCAAUCUGUGUCGCUUGAAAAACGCGCGGUACGAAUAGUGUGAGCGCAGAGAAAUAAAUGGAGACAAACGAAUUGUUUAAAACGAGAACAGUUAUAAAGAUUCUAUUCUUGAAAUCGGAGUCGCGUUUUGUGUAUCCUCCUGAGACCUGACGCUACUUUUAGCGCACGUGCAUGCUCCGGUAUUAUUUUAAUGUAUAAUUUAGUACCCCUCCCUGUUUUAAUAUAUAAUUUAGUAUCCCCCUACACGAAGUAGUAGUUGCCAGUUAGCAAAUUGUAAGCUAGUUGUAAUUAUUUUUAUAGCGUGAUAGUCAUUAUAGUUUUCUUAUGACAGUUCUUAAGACGCCAAAAUGCAUGUACCAUCUUAAUGUAUUACGUACUUUACAUGAUGUAAAUACAAAUACUUGAACAACAAAAAUUGAAUGAGCUAAUAGUGAAUUAUUAUAUGUAUUCUUUCUGAAUACAUCUCAUCAUAUGUUGUUAUAUAUGUUUUUAUCCACGAAGGAUAAAAACCAAAGAAACGUUUACAUAGUUUUCUACGAUUUUCAAUGAAUUUUUAUCAAUCGCAAAAGUUGCGUUUGUAAUCGUUGCUGCUAUCAAUUGCUAAGGAUGAUAAAGAGGCCACUAUUUGGCAAUGUAAAUUGUAUUACUAUAUACUGUUAUACUAUUAUACAAUCAAUUAAAAUUAGGAUUAAAUUGUAUUCCGACUAAAAAUAAAAUGCUAAUGCAUCGUGCAAAUUGCAGAGUCUCGGGAGGAUAUUGUUAGAUUCACUUAUCAAAAAUUUGGUAUUUUUUAUUACUUUUUUUCUUAUUAAACAAUAUGAACCGAAUUAGAGUUUACACCAAGAGAAACUUCUAAUAAUUUAUCGUGCAUAAGUGAAAUCAUAACAAACAACGUGGUAAAAUAGUCAGCAAUGAUAUCAUCUAGUUCAUAUGUAUAUUUUGCGCAAUUAUGUGCAACAGAGGGAGAAAAGUGAUAGUCCCAUUCUUUUAAUGUGCUCAGUUCGCGAUAUUCGCAUUUCUCGUUUCUAGCAUCAUGAAAAUUUGUGAAGAGACAUUUUUGUUGCGCUAUAAAGUGUUUGUAAUGAUUCAACGAGUUUGACGAUUACAUUUAAUAUAUAAGAAAGAUUUACGAACGGUGCAUAUAUAUAUUACAUUAUCUUUUUGAUAAGCAAUUGGCUGCAAUUAUUCAAACGUGACAUUAAGUCGACUGAGUGACCGGUAACCUUUAUGAUUAAAUUAGCGAAGGAUAUUUUGCAUUGCUAGCGGGCAAUUGUCAAUAGAAAAUACAUUUUGUGAUUUGUUUUGUGAUCGCCUGUAUUUAAUUUUUUAUUUCGCUUCAUGACCUCUUUUGAAGCCAGCAUGUAAUAGGUAACAGUAAAUUCAUUAGACCCAUAGUACAUGUAGAUGAUUAUAUAUUUUGUUGCUCCUGAUGCAAUUUGAUGAUCACAAGUAAGCAAAAAACUUAUUUUAUCUAUGUUUAUGAGUCAUCUGUAAAUCAAAUUGAUUUCAACUGCUGGCUUUAUAUUUAUAAUUGUAGGAUGAAUAAAUUUAACUAUGAAUGCUAUAAACAUUUAUUGUAACUUGUCUCGUUGACUAUAGUUUUUAAUUGAUUGGUUGCUAAUAAAAUUAGAUAAAUAUUCUGCAUUUAUUAUGUAACAAUGACAGGAGACAUGAAUAAUACAAGUUUAAAUUCGUUUUUUACGGCAAACAUUUUUAAUGAAUGCACAUCAUAAUUACUGUGUAUUCAUUAUAAAUGAUAAUUGUCUAUUUAUAAUAUUAUAAAUCAAAUAUACAACACAAAUGUACUGUUUAUGUCAUUCAUGACAUGAAUGUAAUAUUUGUAAUCAAUAUAAAAUAUAAUAUUUGUCUAUCAAGUUGGCAACUGAUUGAUUAGAAAAUAUUGUCGAUAACGUUACUGCUGAAGGUAAAUUGAACACAAUACUUAAUAAACAAAUUGUAUAUCCUUACAAUAAAGACCUAAACGUUUUAUCUCUAAAUAUGCAUUUGCCUUAUAAUACUUUCCUAUCAUAAUUUUCAUAUAAAAUGUGUAUAUGCAAUUCGUACGUAAUGCUCAAAACAGAUCAGUUUAAACAGAUAUAACGAGGAAAAUUUUUAUUUAAUAUGAGACGCUUUUGUAAAGAGUCAGUAAUCAUUCGGUGCAUUCGUAAAAUGUAUAUAAAUAACUUAUAUAUUGUUAUACUUAAGAAUAUAUACACAUACGAAGUAUCUUCUAUACGUUUAGAGGUGUCUGUACAUAUUUAUCUUAGAUUGAGUUUCCAUACAAAAGUCCUACAAAAUAUAACAUAUGUACCUGCAAAUUGUAAGAAAUUCUGUAGAUUAAAAAUAAUGCAAUUAAUGUAAAAUUAAUAUACGAAUAACUCGAAUAUUAAUCAUCGUUGCAUUUGCUAAGGAAACAUUGCUAAAAAACAUUGUUAAGAAAAAAAGUUUUAUUUACUUUCUUUUUACUUCCUAAUGCAUGCAGAUCAAAAUAUAAAUAUGGAAGAACUUGAACUUCCCGAACUUUUACGAAUAUCAUUAUCAUCAUCAACGACAGUCAUUUCCUGCGUUAUUUACUAGGCUGAGAAUCUGAUGAGCUCAUAUAUGUUUUCACCUUUUAACGAAGCUGAAGUAUUUUUGUACGCGCGUAUUUUUGUUUGUUUACACAUCAUAAUUUUCUUUCAACAUCGGGUUUAUUUUAUUUUCAAUUGUGUCGGUUAUAUUUUGCCUAAAUAACAAAUAACACAUUGUUAUUUAAUUAUCUUUUUUCUAUAUAUUUUUUGCUCCCGUCAUUAUCUAAACAAAAGAUGACAAAAGAUGCAGCAAAUAUAUACAUAUCGGCUUUUUAUGCCGGUCGUAGUAUAUUUAUUACUGGUGCAACCGGUUUUGUGGGCAAAGUAUUAAUUGAAAAGUUAUUGCGAUCUUGUCCCAAUGUCGGCGAAAUCUAUAUGCUGAUGCGGCCAAAGAAAGGAUUGGACGUCAAUGAAAGGUUAAAGAAGAUGUUAGAAAACAAGCUAUUCGAUCACCUACGAAGCGAGCAACCAUCGAGUUUCGAUAAGCUCAUUCCCAUAAUUGGAGAUGUAAGUGCUGAAGGCUUGGGAUUGCAACUUAUCGAUAGACAGACACUAAUUGAAAAAGUAUCUGUAGUAAUCAAUGUUGCCGCGAGUGUGAGGUUUGAUGAAAAUUUGAAAAGUGCGAUUUUCAACAAUACAAGAUCGACGCGUGAUGUUUGUAUUUUAGCUCAGGAUAUGAAGAAACUAGUGGCUCUGAUACACAUUAGCUCAACCUACACUCAGACCGACAAAGUCGUGGUCAACGAGGAACUGUAUCCCUACGAUGUCGACUGGAAGCAGAUGAUCAAAAUCGCCGAGACUGUCGAUGAUGAUAUCCUGAAUACGUUUACAGCAAAAUGCUUGGGAUCAUUUCCAAACACUUACAUAUUCUCGAAGAGAUUGGCGGAAGACAUAAUAAGUGAUUAUUCCAAAUCAUUGCCCUGCGCGAUCGUUAGACCGUCUAUAGUAAUAUCGACGGCAGAUGAACCGGUGAAGGGAUGGAUUGACAAUUUUAAUGGGCCGGUUGGAUCGUUUGUCGGCGGUGGGAAGGGAAUAUUGCGUGUAUUGUAUAUGGAUCCUCUCGUUGACUCCGACUAUAUGCCAGUGGAUGUGUUCAUCAAGACUGUAAUAAUUCUAACGUGGAAACGCGGAAUUAAAAGCAUUACCGAAGACAAUACAGUACAUGUUUAUAAUUGCUCGUCAUACAAUGUGAUCAACAUAACCGGAAUAGAACUCAUCCAAAUGGGUUUUGAGAUUACAAAAGAUAUUCCCUUGGAAGGAAUAAUUUGGACACCGCGAACGACUGUAACAACGAAUUAUUUGAAAUAUUAUACAUUGGUGAUACUGCUGCACAUUUUGCCGGCUCUGGUCAUAGAUGCAAUCUUGAAAUUACUCCAUAAGCGUCCGAUGCUGCUAAAAUUGCAAAGAAAAGUCUUUAUAACCAAUAAUGCCCUAUCGUAUUUUUUGCUACACACAUGGCACUUUCGUAAUGAGAAGCUAGUGCAGCUAUUUGAUGACCUGAGCAUCGAUAAUUGGAAAGACUUCGGAUAUGACUACGGUUCUAUUGUCUCGCAUCGUUUUUUUGUAAAUUCAUUGAUCGGUGCAAAAAUUUUCUUACUAAAUGAAGACAUGAACCUAGACGCAGCCAAACUUCAUCGUAAAAGGAUGGACUGGCUCGACAGAAUAGUUCGGAUAUUGUUUGUUUUUAUCAUACUGUGGAUACUUUAUCGUAGGAAUACUCUGUCUUACAUUACAGAAGCACUUUCGCCCUUUUUUGCUUAACAGCUAUAUGUAAUAAUAAGAAAAAUUAUGUUUUAUAGGUACAUUGUGAAGAA